AUGCGAUUCUUAAUAGAAUUACUAACAAUGGUCAUCUAUAGAAUUACGGAAGCCUGUGAUUUUGAUGACAGCCUGGGCCUUGCCGAAGUUGGUCCAGACACUGAAGUAGUUGCUGCAUAUGAUGUUGUUGAGAUUAAUGUUGUCGAGGUUGCUGUUAUUGAUGCUGCUGAGCUUGCUGUCACUGGUGUCACUGAUGCUUUUGAGCUUGUUGUCAUUGGUGCUAUUGAGCUUGAUGUUAUCGAGAUUGCUGUCGUUGUUGUCGUUGAUGUUGCUGAUGGUGCUGAAGUUGAAAAUGUUGAAGUUGAUGUUGUCGAGGUUAUUGUAUUCGAUGCUGCUGAUUCUGUUGAGGUUGUUGAACUACUGCUUUUCGAUACAUGA